AUGGCGUCCGGAGUGGGCGCGACCUUCGAGGAGCUGCCGCACGACGGCACGUGUGACGAGUGCGAGCCGGACGAGGCUCCCGGGGCCGAGGAAGUGUGGCGAGAGUGCGCCUUCUGCUACUGCCACCGCCACGCCGAGGCGCACAGGCAGAAGUUCCCCAGCCACCACCUGGCCCAUUACGUCCACGGCGCCGCCCAGGCCUGGACCGCCGGAGCCCCGGGGCAGGGCGACGCCAAGGAAGAAGCCGAGGCCAAGGUGGAGAAUGAGCGGGACCGAGAGAGCGAGGUGGGGGAGGAGAGCGAGUCCGAGGAAGACAGUGAAUCCGAAGAAGAGAGCGAGACGGAGGAAGAGAGCGAGGAUGAGAGCGAGGAUGAGAGUGAAGAGGACAGUGAGGAAGAAAUGGAGGAUGAGCAAGAGAGCGAAGCAGAGGAAGACAACCAAGAAGGAGAAUCCGAGGCUGAGGGAGAAACGGAGGCAGAAAGUGAAUUUGACCCAGAAAUAGAAAUGGAAGCGGAGAGAGUGGCCAAGAGGAAGUGUCCAGACCAUGGGCUCGAUUUGAGCACCUAUUGCCAGGAAGAUAAGCAACUCAUCUGUGUCCUGUGCCCUGUCAUUGGGACUCACCAGGGCCACCAGCUCUCCACCCUAGACGAAGCCUUCGAAGAACUAAGAAGCAAAGACUCAGGUGGACUGAAGGCGGCUAUGAUAGAGUUGGUGGAAAGGUUGAAGUUCAAGAGCUCAGAUCCUAAAGUAACCCGGGACCAGAUGAAGGUGUUUAUACAGCAGGAAUUUAAGAAAGUUCAGAAAGUGAUUGCUGAUGAGGAGCAGAAGGCCCUUCAUCUAGUGGACAUCCAGGAAGCAAUGGCCACCGCUCAUGUGACUGAGAUACUGGCAGACAUCCAGUCCCACAUGGACAGGUUGAUGACUCAGAUGGCCCAAGCCAAGGAACAACUUGAUACCUCUAAUGAAUCAGCUGAGCCAAAGGCAGAGGGUGACGAGGAAGGACCCAGCGGUGCCAGUGAAGAAGAGGACACAUGAAGGCUUGCCAUCCCCCGUGGAGACUCAUCCCUUCCCCCUGUGUGUAUGUGACGGCGUGUAUGUAGUGGCUUCUGAGUUCUGUGAAAGCUGCCCAGCAACAAACGUACUUCUACCGGACACAUCCCCAGAUCCACAGCAGGCACAUCUCUCUCCAAGGGAUGACCAAUUUUAUUGUUACUGACUGUGCUUUUCAUUCUCUUGUUGUGGUAGCU